AUGGCGGACCCAAACCAAUCCGUCGGAACUUGCAUACUAAGAGUCGAUCUAAAGUGUUGCACCGGUUGCCAAAAAAAAGCACGCAUCAAGUUGAAGAGUUUAUCUGGUGUAAACGAAGUGGAGUACGACAGCGAAAAAGGGCUCAUGACAGUCACAGGUGACGUAGAGCCUAUGGCUCUAGUUCGUAAACUUAAUAAAUGUGGCAAAGAAACAGAGCUCUUCUCAGUUAAGUACCAGAUUGAAGAUGAUGAUGUAAAGAGCGACGAUGAAGAUGAAACUUCUUCUUCUUCUUCUGACUCUGCUAGUUCAUAUUAUGAUCCUAAACCCAUGGAACGUGAAUUCCAAGGGAAGAUGAAGCAGCCGAAGAAGAAGACAUUGCUACAAAAAAUACGUUCUUUUCUAUGCUGUUUAACCAGUAAAUCAAAGGUUGUACAGCCUUUACCAAUGCGAAACCGAAACUGGCGUGUCCCAUCAAAGUUUGAGUAUGGUGCUCCGCAGUUUCGGCCUCCGCAACCGAUGCUGCCAUAUCCUCAAACGAUGCAACCACACCACCUACAAAUGAUGCAGCAACAACAACAACUACAAAUGAUGCAGCGGCAACAACAACUACAAUUGAUGCAGCAGCAACCAGGUAUCAUGUUCCAGCAAGCAUACCAACCUUAUCUUACGCAAAAUCAGGCACAAACUUAUCAUAUGCCAAAUCCGGCACAACCGAUGAAGAUCAGCCGUAGCCUGCAUUACCCGCCGACGAAGGACGGCAAUGUAAGACUACUUUGAAUUCUCAAAGUUGUUGAGGAUUGGACAACACAGAUUUUACUCUGUUUUUGUCUCUCUCUCUGUACU